AUGAGGAGUUUUCGCAACCAUCUACACAUCAUACCAGAUGUGUCACAGUCAGCGAAGGAGAAGAAAGGAGAUGGAGAACAUAGUGCAUCAAUAGCAGAUGAGUCACAAUCAGAGACAAUACCCACUCAUCUUCUUGAUCUUCAACGGAAACUCAUCCUCACUACAUCUUAUUCCAAGACUAAAAUCGUUGAAGCUACCGAAAUGAUGAAAUGGAGUCUUAAUAUUCUUAAAAGAAUGAAGAUAUGGAGUGGGAAGCUUAAUGAUAAAAUAAAGAAAUGUAUUGGGAAGAAUUCAAAGACAAAUAUCCAAAUGUUGACAUACAGGAACAUACAAGAUCUAAAAGCAGUAGGAAUAAGACUUAAGUCAAGCAUGACACAAAGGCUAAGAGACAUAGAUUUCUGCGGAGGAUGGUUCUCUGCAGAACUGACUCUUCCUAUGAUCAUUGUGUCCAACAGUUCAGCCCAUACGUUCCGCAACCUGAUAGCAUAUGAGAUGUGUCCAGAUUUUGAGAACGAUUAUGGAAUUUGUUCUUUUGUAACUUUCAUGGACUCGCUCAUCGACCAUCCUGAAGACGUGAAGGAAUUGAGAUCAAAAGGGAUUUUGGCCAAAUGCCUUGGCAGUGAUGAGGAUGUUGCCAAUCUUUUCAAUAUCAUAUGUACUGACUUGGUAGCUGACCCGGAAAUAUACUUUGAAGUUAGAUUGAAAAUACAUGAUCAUUACUGUAAUAAAUACAAUACUUGGAUAGCGCAGGGUUUUCAUACUUACUUCAGCAGUCCUUGGGCCAUUAUUGCAUUCACUGCUGCGGUUAUCGCCCUUGUUCUUACUUUCAUUCAGACAUGGUUUACAAUUCAACCGGCUAGCAAAUAAAUGUGAUUCGUUAUGACAAUGUUGUUUUCGUUAUGGAACACAUCACUUCUCUGUGGAUUUUUAAUAGGUUGAGUUUUUUUAUUGAAUAAAUUUUAGGUUAUGUUUUCGUCUACGUCUUGACUAUGAGUACGUAUUUCAAAAAUAAAGAUUGCCAUUUUCUUUGUGUUGUGUGUUUGAAUUGUAACAUGAAUAAAUUAAUAUUCUCAUUGAUGAUCUACGUGUUACUAUA